GGCCCUCACGAGGCGCCACAGUGGACUUUGAAACCUUGAAACCUUUGGACCUGUGUCGCCUCGUCCACAGGUUUGACUGAAGCACGUGCCUUCAGGUAACGCAGGAUGUUUUCUGUUUGGAAAAACUUGACUUUAGGUCGCACUGCAGGGGGCUAUCCUGCUCUGAAGCGACAAGUGUUGGCUUUUUGCAGCGAGGGAGGAACUCCGAGCUUGAACCCCAACAGAAAGUGUUCAGAGAAACGUUACAAUGUUCCACCGAGCGCAGAGUUCGUGUCGCGGGUUUCUGGUAUUCCCACCAUGGCCAAGUUACCGUACAAGGACUCGGCUGAAGGCCUGGACGCGGCGUUUAUUGGUGUUCCGAUUGAUACCGGGACUUCGAACCGGCCUGGAGCCAGGUUUGGUCCACGACAGAUCAGAGUCGAGUCUGCCAUGCUGAGGAAUUACAACUGCGGCACCAUGGCGGCACCGUAUGAGUCCCUGAUGGUUGCUGACAUCGGGGAUGUAAAUGUGAACGUGUUUGAUCUGAAGGACACCUGCAGGCGCAUCAGGGAGACCUACAGAAAGAUCGUGGCCACCGGCUGCAUUCCUCUGACCAUGGGUGGUGAUCACACAAUUGCAUACCCAAUACUGCAAGCUGUUGCUGAGAAGUAUGGUCCUGUAGGUUUGAUUCAUGUGGAUGCUCAUGCUGACACCAGUGACAUGGUUCUGGGGGAGAAGAUUGGUCAUGGGACUCCAWUCAGACGCUGUGUGGAGGAGGGGCUUCUGGACUGCAAGAGAGUGGUUCAGAUUGGUCUGCGAGGUUCAGGGUAUUCUGCAGAUGCAUAUGAAUGGAGCCGAGCUCAGGGUUUUCGUGUGGUCCAGGUGGAAGAGUGUUGGUUCAAAUCUCUUGCUCCAUUAAUGUCUGAGGUUAGAGCUCAGAUGGGCAAUGGUCCUGUCUAUCUUAGUUUUGACAUUGAUGGUCUAGAUCCAGGCUUUGCCCCUGGAACAGGCACACCAGAGAUUGCAGGGCUAACACCCAUACAGGGAGUUGAGAUUAUUCGAGGCUGUCGUGGUCUGAACCUUGUUGGAUGUGAUUUAGUGGAGGUUUCUCCACCCUAUGACACCACAGGAAACACUUCGCUGACUGGGGCCAACCUCCUCUUUGAAAUGCUGUGUGUCCUGCCAAAAGUGAAAUACUACUCAUCUAAACAGACACAGAAGAAGUUUGACCUUUAAUUGCGUAAAGAUAUCUACAUGACAAGCUGUCCUCUAUUUUGUAGUGAUACAAGACAAAUUUACAAUUUUUAUACUCUAUUCAACUAAGAUGAAGAAAUUUUGUACAAUCAUUAAGUAUGAAUACAGUAAAUGUUAAUUUUUUGCAGCUACAGAUGUUAAACUGUUUUAGAUUGUGCUUUAAAUGAUUGCAGAAGUAUAUUUGUAGUCUCUUCUGACAACGGAGUUAAAWUUUUCAAAAUUUCAUGUAAGUGGCAUUUGAAAUAAAUAUGUACAAGAUGUGUCUGUAAUUGUCACAUUACAAMGACAGCCGGUGAUUCUGUYCACAGCACAAGGUGACCUUUUUCCCACUUGAGCACCUGACCCCUAAAAUGUGUGUGCACGUUACUGUGCAGUUKUGUUUAUCAAUGAGGUCCUUCUUUCUGUUUAAACUAAAUUUGUAUUAAAUUCCAAUGUCUGACCUGGUACCACCUCCAAGGGUGUGACCAGGAGGUCAGGUUUAUGACUCAUGGGGUUAAUUUAUCCUCAGUCUUCCUCUUAGAUGAGCUGGGGACAGACGCUGGCUGCUUGUUAUUGUUUAGGUUCUGAUAAGAACUGCACACACAGACUGCUGCCUGUGGGCUUUAAUGGACGCAGAUUUCUAAAUAAAACUUUCAAGAACAGAAUCAACUGUU